GCGCGGAACUUGGAACCCGUCGGGAAGAAAGACAUCGAAAACAAGAUCGAAAUGUGGCUAUAAUUGAACAUUAAAGCGUUUGCAGGGUAUUUUAUAAUAUAUUCGUGCUUGUUUAAAUAAGACUGGGUGACGUUUUUAGUGUUCAAUAUCAAAAUAAAAUCGUGACUUAACUUUUGACUGUGCGCGGUAAGUUUAGUGUUUACGUCAGUUCAGCUGUUUAUCCGCUGGGACUGUGUUUUCCAUAAACAAUAACAGACUUGGAGAUAACAUAAACAAUAAUAGUUUCCCACAACAGAUUAUUAGAUCUGUUCAUAGUUGUCGGAUUUAAUGGAAGAAGCAAAGACUGUUCAGAGAAGCUCCCAUCGCAGUGUUGAAAAGAGCAGAAGUCGACACAAAAUUUCCAGAGAUGUUGAGACGGAAAUUGCAUAUCUGUAUGAAGUUCUGCCACAGAUUUCUCGAAUAUUUCGCAUCAUAGAUAAGAUUGGAGAAGGUACUUUUAGUUCAGUAUAUUUGGCUGAGGCACAGAUGACAGACAGUUCAAGGAGGAUGUUUGCUUUGAAACAUCUGAUCCCUACAAGUCAUCCUGUGCGCAUCGCUGCUGAGCUCCAGUGCCUGACUGUUGCCGGAGGGACAGAAAAUGUGAUGGGAGUCACAUACUGCUUCAGGAAGGAGCACCAUGUGGUCAUAGUCAUGCCAUACAUGGAGCAUCAGACCUUUGUGGAUGUUGUUGGCUUGUUGAGUUUUGAGGAUGUGAGGCAUUACAUCUAUCAUCUGCUCAAAGCCUUGAAGCACAUUCACAAGUUUGGCAUCAUCCACAGAGACAUCAAACCAACCAAUUUCCUGUUCAAUCGACAGAAGAGGGAGUAUGCUCUGGUGGAUUUUGGCCUGGCUCAGGGCACUCCUGACACCCAGAUCGAACUACUGAAGGUGGUCAAAUCAAAAAGUCAUAAAGGUGGUGGGUCAUCUAAGAUGGUGGAGGAAUCACUGGGAAAACAGAAACUGGUGCCUUUACCACCCAACAGUAGAAACCCUGCUGUUCAGUCCAGCACUAAAGCACCGGCUAAAAGACCCUGCCCACCCCCACGCGUUAAACACAGCAAGGAACUGAUGGGACUUGAUAAAGCACCACGGUCUGUAUUUGGGGAGAAAAGCAUAAACAGCACAAACUCUCAUAAACCUGGCUCUGACAAAGUUGAGGGAUUGUUUUCAAAGCCGAAAAAGGAGGAAGUCAUUCCACGCAAGAUUGUUUCUGCCAAACACCGCUCCGUCCCUGUGAGAGCAUCAUUAAAUCAGAAACAGAAACUUUCGGCUGAGAGUCAGAAACCCAAACCUGCUGCCGUCAACCCCCUGCUCACCUGCAACUGCUACAUGACUGACCGCGUCUGCAACAUCUGCCUGUCCAGGAAACAGCAGGUGGCUCCGAGGGCUGGAACUCCUGGCUUUAGGGCUCCCGAGGUUCUAACAAAAUGUCCCAACCAAGGAACAGCGAUUGACAUGUGGUCAGCAGGGGUCAUAUUGUUGUCUCUACUGAGCGGCAGAUAUCCUUUCUUCAAAGCCAGCGACGAUCUGAUCGCUCUUACUCAGAUCAUGACCAUCCGAGGGUCUAAGGAGACUAUAGAGGCUGCAAAGACCUUUGGUAAAUCUAUAGUGUGCAGCCGUGAGCUUCCUCGGCUGGACCUCAGAAUUCUCUGUGAGACUCUGAGAGGUUUGCGAUCGUGGGAUGACGCCUCACUUCCUGCUGAGUUUCAAGCCUCACAUAAUCCCGCAGAAGAAAAGGAGGAAGCAGAGAGUCCCGCACUGAAACGCGCGGGCUCCGGUUCGUGCAGAAGCAGUGCAGAGCUGAAGGAGAUUGGCUGGGACAGAGUGCCGGAUGAGGUGUACGAUCUACUGGAUAAACUGUUAGAUUUAAACCCCGCAACCAGGAUUACAGCCUCGGCGGCACUGCAGCAUCCACUCUUCAGAGAUAUGAGUGAGUAGCGGUUGUGGGCAUCCAAGAAUUUGUGCUAUUCUGUAGUGUUAUUUGAAUGCAUUUAUUUGCUAACAACAUGCUGUACAGUGAUGUAUUUAUUGGUCUUAUUUUGGGGGGUUUCAUGUUGAUAAUAAAGUUCAAAUUGUCCAUUGUUCAACUUUAGAGUGUUUCCUAAAUGGAUGGUUCACUCAUUUUCAGUGCUCAAGUAUUUUGUUGAUGAAAUAAAUGUUAAUUAUU